AUGGAUUUCGGUGGAAAUAUGAAGAACCCUUUCCUUUUUGACGACCCAGCUCCCCCAGCUGAUGUUGGUGAUGCUGCAGCUAACCCAUUCCUUAAUGGAGGGGCAUUUGACUUCUCUGCUACAACCUACACAGGAAUUAACCCAUUUGCAGACCAAAUUGAUGAUUCAAAUGCUGCAGCAGCAGGACUGUUUGGAGACCCAGGUUCAUACCCAAAUGACAUGAAUCCUUUUGGUGUGCCAGAUGUAUCACAACAUUUUGAAAGUGCUGCACCUCAAAAUCAAGCAGAUAUAUUUGGGACACCUUCAGUACCAAUGGAACAAGACUUUUUUGGCAGCCCCACAGUGCCAGAAGCAGUUCCCACAACAGUUCAACAUACUCCUCCAACAGUACCAACGACAGUUCACCAUCCUCCAGCACCUCCAGCAAGACCACAGCCACCUGCACAACCACCACCCAUAGUUGAUUUAAUGAGUGAUGGACCUGUUGCGGUGGAAGAUUCCACUGCUGCACCAGGACGACCGCCUCCUCCUAGACCACCUCCACCCUCAAAAGAAACUAAAGAUCUCUUACAAACUGUUAUCGGUGCCAUGGAGGCAACAACAGAUACCCUGCAUGAGAAACUUAAUACCACUCGAACACCAUGUCCUUCACCGGGUGAUGGAGCAGCAAAUACACCUAGCCCUACUCCAGAUAUUCAGGUAACUGCUCCAGAAAAGGAAUCUGACUCUUUUAGUGCCAUAUUUGGGCAAACUAUAGAAAUCAGCGAUCAUGAGAUGGAUGAGUCAAAAAAUGUUUCGAACACAUCACAGCAAAAUGCUGUACCUGCUACCUCAGAUGAAUUUGACUUAUUUGGAGAUACAAAUGUUCAGAAACCAAAAACAAAUCAAGACAUUCUUAGUCUGUUUAACAAGCCACAAUCACAGACAUCAAAUUUUGACUUACUUUCUGAUGAUUUAUUAUCUGGAGGAGCCGCUACACAGGGAGGUGCAAGUAAUAAACAAUCUGCCUCAGACCUUCUGUCUGAAAUUCCAGAUGAAAAUUCAAAAGCCCUUGACCUUUUAUCUGGUGAUGAUAGUAGUGAAACUAAGCCUUCAGAACAAUCAACUGAAAACGAAGUUGCUCCAAGUGAAAUACCUACUGUAACUGAAACGACAGUAUCAUCUGAAAGCCAUAUUGAACCUACUCCUUUAGAGGAAUCUGUCUCACCUGAACAAGUAAGUGAGCAGACAGACAGUGAGCCCACUGUUAUUGAAGCUAAUGCUCAAGGUGCUAAUGAAGAUUUUAACAAAAUACCAGCUAUAGAAACCGAAACUCAAGACACUGCUUCAGUAAAUGAAGAGAAAGUAGAAGCAAUGGAAGUAUUUGGUUCUCCUGAACCUGUUCCACCAACAAUGACCACUGAGCAAUCAGAUUCCACAGAUGUUUUAAGCAAAACUGAGGUUACAUCACCAAAUGAAUCUGAACCUUUGACUGAACCAGAUACUUUGGAAACUCAAAAUAAAGCAGAAACAAAUGAGGUUACAAGUUCUCCAGAAGCUCCAUCAUCAACAGGUGGCUCAAAGACUGAUGCAGUAGAAGCUUUUGGAGCACCAGAUGCCUUUGGUGAGUCAAAUGCUUUCGGUGAUUCUAGUGCUUUUGGUGAUUCUAGUGCUUUUGGCGAUUCAAAUGCUUUUGGUGAUUCAAAUGCCUUUGGUGAAUCAAAUGCUUUUGGUGAAUCAAGUGCUUUUGGUGAAUCAAAUGCUUUUGGUGAAACAAAUGCUUUUGGUGAAACAAAUGCUUUUGGUGAGUCAAAUGCUUUUGGAGAACCAGAUGCAUUUACAGCACCAUCAGCAACUGACACUGGAUCUGCAUUAUUUGGAGAUACACAAGGGACAUAUCCAAACUCUUCUGGUGAGGCUCUUUUUGGCACUCCACCAGCAGUUCCUCCAGCUUCUCCUGCAGUGGCUCUCUUUGGGGAUGUUGGACAAUCAGCACCUCCUUCCUCGCCGGGAUUAUUUGGCGACUCUCCCCAUGCAGUCCCUCCAUCAUCACCAGCUGCUGGCCUGUUUGGGGAUGCACCAGGAACUGGACCAUCUGGACUAGAUAUCUUUGGCAGUGAGGCCACCCCAAAACCAGCACCUUCAGGGGCUGAUUCAACUGGUGCAGCCCUGUUUGGUACUACAGCACCUGCACCAAAUGUUGGCAUGAGUCUUUUUGGUGCUGGAAAUGAGGCCACAUUAGAUAUCUUUGCAGAAAGUGAAGGAAAUUCUAUGGUUAACCCAUUUGCUCCACCACCUGCAAAUGUUACUGCAUUACCUUCAGUAGGCAAGGAAUCCAUACAAGGAAAAUCUCCAGCAGCAGUUAAAGUAGCAACAGAUGAGGAGUUUGAUGCCUUUUCUGCCAGAUUUGAGAAUGUUACUACCACUGACACCUUGGAUGAAAGUGAUCCAUUUUCAGCAUCAGCAAGAGCUGCUUCCCCAUGGGGAGAAGUAAGUGGGUCAGGAGGAACUUCAGAAGGAUUUGGAUUUGGUGAUGCUGCACCAUUCGAUUCAUUCCUCGCAAUGAACGAACCUCCACCUCCUCCUCAGUCCACCCCAAGAAGAGCAGCCAGACAGACUUCUGCCGAUUCAGAUGAUGAGCCAAUUGCUGUGGUGAUCAAACCAGCAGCAUUGGAUAUUGGGGGAUCAUCACCAAGAGCGGUGUCCCCUGUACCAGUGCUGGCUCCUCCACCUGCUGUUAGUGCUAAUGCAGCAUUCACAGACACAGCUCCAAGAUUUAAUCCAUUUGAUCGUGGAGCUGAAGUUGCUGAGGCCACUACCGAUGCAACUGCUCACCCGGGUGGAGAGUUGCAGAGGACGGAUUCCCAAGAAACUCCACCGACACCCCUCUUUGAGGAAGAUCAGUCUCAGCCUCUGGAGAAUUUCCCACGCACAGACAGUACUGGUCAGGUAUGGGAAAUGCACCUUCGACAACCAAACAAGAAGAAAAUUACAGGACAGAGCUUGACUUCUGGCUUCCACAUGAAGGAAGGCAGAGGAGGUUUGACGAACAGAUUUUGGAAGAAGGUCUAUGUCAAACUCACAGAUAACGGUGUCCUGCAACUCUUCAACACCAAGGAAGACAAAGACCCAUUCCAGGAGCUGCCACUCCAGGCUUGCUAUUCUGUUUCUGAUAUAGGUGCUCAGCAAUUCGACCAGUUUGGCAAGAUCUUUACCGUGAAAGUGCAAUACAUCUUCUACAAAGAGAGGCCUGGUGUUCGUCCUGGCCAGUUGUCCAAAGCUGAGAGACUCACAAACAAGCUAUCCAAGUUUGCGCAGCAUGCCAUUGCUGGCGACUAUGAGCAUGUCAAGGAGUUCGCCAGUGAUGUCAGAAAGCUUGGCAUGCCUGUGGAGCACGCUCCUCAGAUUUCCCAGCUUCUCAAGCUUGGAACGCAAAGCUAUGAGGAUCUCAAGGUAUUCUCUUCACUGGUCGAAGAACAACUGUUCAGCCUAACGGUGCACAGGGACCGAGCUCUCAACUACAAAUCGGAAGAAGUGCAACUGACGGCGGUUGACGAGAUCUACGUUGAGCAGGAUUUGAAAGGAAUAGUCCACAGAAUGAUUGCCAGAGUCAGGGUUUUCUUCCUUGGUUUCUUGUCAGGAAUGCCCGACGUUGACCUGGGUAUCAACGACAUGAGAAAGCAAGGUCGAGAAGUAGUGGGUCGGCAUGACAUCAUUCCAGUCAUCACGGAAGAGUGGAUUCGACUUGAAGCUGUCGAGUUUCACUGUUGUGUCGACAAAGACAUAUUUGAAAAGUCCCAACACAUAAAGUUCAAGCCGCCAGAUGCCUGUUACAUUGAACUAAUGAGAUUCCGCGUCAGGCCGCCCAAAAACCGCGAGCUUCCACUUCAGAUCAAGACGAAAAUCACCAUCCAGGGCCGAAGGAUCGACAUCUUCUGCGACAUCCUCGUUCCAGGUUUCUCAGGAAGAAAAUUGGGACAGGUCCCUUGUGAAGAUGUCAUGGUCCGUUUCCCUCUUCCGGAAUGCUGGAUUUACAUGUUCAGAGUCGAAAAACAUUUCCGCUAUGGAUCCGUCAAAUCUGCACAUCGAAGGCAAGGCAAAGUCAAGGGUAUCGAGAGAAUCAAAGGAGCCGUGGAAACAGCCGAGUCAGCGCUGAUGGAGGUCACGUCGGGUCAGGCGAAGUAUGAGCACCAGCACAGAUCCAUCGUCUGGAGGAUGUCCCGCCUCCCGAAGGAAGGUCAGGGCGCCUACACCAACCACACCUUCAGCUGUCGAAUGAACCUGACGGCCUACGACCAAAUGCCGGAGUCUCUGGACAAAUACUGCUACGUGGAGUUCACGAUGCCUGCCACGACCGUCAGCCAUUGCGUCAUGCGGUCCGUCUCGAUAACGAGCGAAGAUCCGCCCGAGAAAUACGUCCGAUACCUGGCGCGCCACGAAUACCGAAUCGAGAUGGAAUUCUCGUCGGGCAGCGGCCCCUCGGAGUACCUAGCGGCCACCAUGAAGACGGCGGAGCAGCAGCAAAAGGAAGAGGCAGAACGCAAGCAGCAGGAGCAACAGCAGCAGCAGCAGGGUAACGAGUCCAGCAGCGAUGAUUCGUCGUAACGUCUGCCACGCUGAGCUCGAGUCUGUCAGUCAGUCGCAAAUAGAAGAAAAAACUUUCUUCGCCGCUUUCCCCCUUUCACUCCACCUCUUCCUUCACUCUCUUCCUGCGCAGGGGAUAAUCCAGUCAACAGGGAAAUAUUUUCUUUAUCAUUGGUAGAAAUGGUAAUCUGCUGAUUGAUGCUUCUUUAGGUGCGCGCUAAAGCAACUGGUUCUGGAAUUAAAAAAAAAAUAUGGCCUACUCUCUCCUCUAUAAAGGAAGGUGAAUAGCAUAUUAUUUUGAUUCGUUGGUGCUGUGUUUUAAAAUAAUAGGAGCAUCACUGUGCUUAUAAUCGAGAGACAUAAUGGUAUACAUAUACAUCACCUAUUCGGUCUAGUGUGCACAUAUGAGUUAAAAUAUAUAUAUAUAUAUAUAAAUAUAUACUGUAUAUAUCCACGUGCUGUAUGAGUCUGAAGAGAGAAAGAAAAAACAGUGUCUCGUAGUGCCUAACUCGUAUUGUUAUGAUUCUUCUUCUUAUUAUUAUUUUUGUGCCAAAGACAGAGAAGAUAAAGGCUUGAUGAAAGUAAGAGGAAAAACGUUAUAGGUCACAUUCAACUUGAAAAUCUUGAAAAAUGAAUAGAAAUAUCCACUUCUAAGUCACUCGAGACAUCCAACGCUUGAGAAAAGCGAGCAGUCAUAAAGUGUGUUGUAUAUUGUAAGGUGUUUCUAGUGAUCAACGACGAAAUUAUUUGUUGUCAGGCGGGCCUUGCGAUGCUGUCAUCCAGGACCCGCUUUCGACACGUACCACAGUGGAACAGUUCCUUGUAGAUGUUGUCUGUCAGGUUUAAGUUGGUUCUGAAAGGUUCCUCAAGGUCAGUGAAAACAGACGAAAAAAUACACCAAAAUGGGAAAUUCAAAGCUGUGUUCGAAUAGUGUUCAGUUGUGGAACUUUCCUAAAGAGAAUAAGUGUUACUCAGAAACAAUCUUUAUCCGCUCAGGUACACUUUGUGCAGAGCCUCUCCGUAACGAAGAUGCUGGAGAUCUUUGAGGGAUUUUUCAGAUGGUGGUCCCGAUUGUGAAACAGGAAGUUAUUCCUUCGAAAAAAGAAAUUGAGAAACGAAAAGUGAAGUGAAUCACUGACCUCGGAAUCCAAUUUAGCAGUGUAAUUGUAAUAUAUUGUUUAAAAGUAGGUUAAAACACGUGCAAGACACAUAUCUUAAUCCUUGGAUUCUAAACUAAUGUUGUUGACUGCUUCUUUGCUAAAGUAAGCCGGCAAUGGGUGGAGCAUAGAAUGACACAAAAUACAUAGUUGUUACGCAUGAGAGGAAUCAUAUGUUUUCAUUAUUAUCAUUAAUAUAACUAUCGCAUGCAGUAAGAUAUUGCAUAAAGCAAAGUGAUGUCUCAAUUGAAACUAGAUUUAAUUACAAAAACACUCAAAUCAAUGAUAUACGGUGAGAAGUGAAUGCUGGGCUGCGUGUGUUUUGCCCGCGUAAGUCUUUCUCAUUUAGGACCUCCUUCCAUCCUUUGCUCAUCGUCUCUCGCGAACGACGAUCCGCACUCCUCCCUCGCCUCCUCUCCUCUUCUCUUCAGUCGAACACGACAGCGUACUACUUAUUCGCGGCCUCUUCUACUUCUCCUUAUCUUCGGUUUCCUAUGUGUUCUCUAAAAUCCCUGCAUCUGAUCUGUCUCUACAUCUCUCUCUCUCUCUCUCUCUCUCUCUCUCUCUCUCUCUCUCUCUCUCUCUCUCCUCUCUUUUUCUCACUGACUCCUCUCCUUAAAGAUUUCUUCUCCCGGCCGCGAAAAGAAAAUAAUCAUCAUCAUCAUCACCGCUUCCUCGACUUUUUUCUUCUUCUUUAAUAAUAUUCCUACGAAAUGUUGAACUCUAAUAACCUCUUACCACGUUUCUAUCUCCCUUCCCAGCAGUUCUCACUCACAGUAGGCUAUGUUGCAUGGUGUAUUCUGAGAAAUUAUUUAAAAAAAAACCACAGGCUCUAUACUUGUACCGUAAAAAAAACAAAAAAACAAAAAAAGGAGAAAUUAUAUUGUACUCUGCCUUACUCUCUACGAUUGCUCCUAGUUUUCCUUCAACCUUAAUUUAUUUUUCAAUCCCACCUCACAUUGCUUUUUGAAAUUGUUCAUUACUGCAAAAAUAGUUAAAAAAAAAAAAAGUUUGUGUGUCGAUUUAUGCUUUUCACUGAUGUUGAAAAAAAUAAUAAUUCUGUCAGUGAAUGCCACUUCAAUAUUGAAAUUGCGGCUCUGUUUACUGGCUCUUGCCUCAAAAAAAAAAAAUUAAAAAGGCAGAAACAAAAGACUAACUCGACCGUCAGAGGUCGAGCGCCAAGUCCUUAUUCUUCAACUGCAAAACGAGAAUAAUUUACAUUUCAGACCUUAUUGUCCCUCUUAAAAAAAUCAAGUGAAAAAUACCAGCGUUCCAGUUACUGUAUUGAUGCCAUAAACAGGCUUCAAUUAUAUUGUUGAUGUGCAAUUUUCUACAUUAUUUUGCAAAGAUACUGAAGAAGUGGAAUGAGUUUUUCAUUGCCUAAGGAAUGCACCCGUCUGCGUGUGCCCCCUAUACAAUGUGUUACCGUUGUUGUAAAUAAAAUGAAGGUUAU